AUGGUAAACAUUUAUUUGUAUGUGGUCCAAAACCAGUGGCUCCCGUUGUCUCAAGGGUCAAGAAGCCAAUUCUUUGCCAUGCCGGACGCGUCGAAGGGCUUUGGUCCCUUUGUCAUCGGCUCUGCAGUCGGCGCGGUCGCUAUGGCGCUUCUCCUUCGACGUCAGCGAACGAAGCUCCAGAAGGCUCCUCUCAAACUUUACAUUUACGACCACUGCCCAUUCUGCGUGCGUGCCCGAAUGAUCUUUGGCCUCAAACAAGUGCCCCACGAACUCGUUUUCCUGGCCAACCACGACGAAGCUACGCCUAUCGGUCUAGUGGGCAGCAAACAGGUUCCCAUUCUCCAACUGCCUAAUGGCAACGCCAUCGCCGAGAGUAUGGACAUUGUCCAGUACGUGGACGAUCACUAUGGCGGUCCGGCCGUGCUCUCUCCGUCGGCCAAUAGACCUGAACUUGAGCAGUGGAUCACGGACACGGCAAACGUAUUCCGACUUUUGUACCACCCGCGUUUUCACGCUGCUCCGUUUGCUGAGUUUGCUUUACGGGAGAGUCGCGAGUACUACCGUCUGAAGAAGGAGAAAAGCAUUGGCCCGUUCCACGACGCACUGGCCAAGACGCCAGCGCUUGUGCAACAAGCGAACUCGUAUCUAGAGCAACUGGUUGCAAUAUUUCACGCGAAGCACUCAGUAAAUGAGACGCUGAGCUACGACGAUAUCGACUUGUUUGGCCGUCUGCGCGGGUUGACACUUGUUCGUGACUUGAAGUGGCCCCCCCAGCUCCGCGAGUACAUCGACUACAUGUCGAAGGAAGCGGACAUUCCGUUGCUGGAUGCUAUGGCCAUGUGA